UGAGACACCCAACAGAUCAACUUCUUCUCCAACCCACCACUCAAUCCUCUCAAUCUACCUCACCAAACCCCUCUUAAUACCAAAAUGAACACCAUCGACGCAACAGAACACUACGAAACCAGCGCCCACGACCGGCCCCCCUCCCUCCUCACCAUCAUCGUCGACACCAACCCACACGCCUGGGCCCUCCUCAACCCCACCCUCCCCCUCUCCACCGCCAUCGCCAACAUCCUCGUCUUCCUCAACGCCCACCUAGCAUGCAACUACGCCAACGAAGUCGCCGUGGUAGCCUCCCACACCCACAAAGCAACAUGGCUGUACCCUGUUGAACCCACCAGCACCAACAACAAUAACAGCAAAGACACCGACGGCGACAUCACCAUGCACUCGCAAGCCCCCUCCCCCCACCCCCCAUCCUCAACCAGCAUCAACAAAUACCGCCCCUUCCGCAUCGUCGAAGAACAAGUCUCCUCCACCCUCCACACCCUAAUGUCAUCCACCACCCCGGACUCCCUCGCAGCCACCACCUCCACAAUGAUGGCCGGCGCCCUCACCCUCGCCCUCAGCCACAUCAACCGUCGCACUAUCGCCUGGAAUGAAGCCCACGGCGGAGACGUCGCCAAUCCCAACGAACCCCAUAACCCAACCUCCUCCUCUACCUCCUCAUCCGCCACGAAUGCCAGAGGAACCCCGGAAUCGACCCUACAAUCUCGAAUCCUCAUCCUCUCCGUCUCUAGCUCUACGGGUUCCGCGCAUCAAUAUAUCCCCAUCAUGAACGCUAUUUUCGCGUGUCAGAGAUUGCAUAUCCCUAUCGACGUGUGCAAGUUAUCCGGUGACGCGGUGUUCUUGCAGCAGGCGUCGGAUGCCACCAGGGGGGUGUAUAUGGCGUUGGAGGAGCCGAGGGGUCUACUGCAGUAUUUGAUGAUGGGGUUUUUGCCGGAUCAGAGGUCGAGACGGCAUUUGGUGUUGCCGACGCGAGUGGAUGUGGAUUUUAGGGCUGCGUGCUUUUGUCAUCGACGGGUGGUGGAUGUUGGGUUUGUGUGCUCGAUCUGUUUGAGUAUCUUUUGUGAGCCGUUGGGGGAUGGCGUGUGUUUGACCUGUGGGUCGAGGUUGGAUAUGAGUGAUUAUGGGGCUAAGCCGGCGGUCGUGGCGAGGAAGAAAAAGAAGAAGAAAGUCAAGGCCAAUGGGCCGUCUGCGACGGGGACGCCGACGAGUACUCCGACGCCGGGGCCGUGAGGGUGGACUCAUUCGAAGGAUUCGUGCUCUCAGCGAUAUGGCAGUACGUUUAUGAGGUGAAGACUGAACUACCUACGAACAGCACAGGGUCGACGCGGGCUAGCCCAGCGCGGUAUUGCCAUGGUUACACGUUUAUUCGGCAUUUUAGGUUUGGAUUACUUAGGAAACGGCUUGUCCCGGCACCAUGCUCGAGCUGUGCGGCCAUGCUCAUCCUGUUGUACUCUGACAAUCAUCAACAACCGGGGACGGUGGCCACACUGCAUCCUUCGCGGUGAAAUCAUCAACGGC